AUGAAUUCUGGAAUCCUUUUAUCAAUCUUGAAGUUCGUCUGCCUUCAAAUUGUGCAAUAUUUGCAUUAUUAUCCAGAUGGUUACAGCCAAAUCAUCUCCCUCAGUCUAUACUCCAUUGAAUCUCACAACUGUAGCUCGCAGCUAAGUUACAGCCGCCCAGCGGAGCUUAAAAUACGGAGCACGAAUUUAGCACGCAAUGUAGCCAUUAAUUCCGCUGGUGACUCUCCAGUUUUGCAUAUAGAAGUACUUGAUAUAGCGAAGGAGAGCACAGCACAAGCAACAAUACAUAUGUGCCACUCAUGCUUUGCUAAGCCUAAUUCCAGAAGUGGAACCAUUGAAUGA